CCCCCAUCUUUGUCUCCUUCGCAGGCUUCAUCUCCUCAUCAUGGCUUCAAAACCAUUCUUCCUCGCGUGUACAGUUCGCAGACCGCCAAUUUAUCGGGUUCCCUCCCGACGUCUCUAUUCUACAACACCUCCUCGUCGCUCUUCCCUGCUCUUCCUCUCCUCGACACUUGGCGCUGCAGCAGCAAGUUCUUUCGUAACCUACCAGCUCUUCACACCUUCUACGGACCCACUCAGCACAGCAUCCGAUGACGAUGAGCUUGCUUACGCGGCUUUGUUGCAGGCGGAACGAGAUGGGCAUGAUCUUGUCAAAGAAAUGAGGCAAGAUCCUCAGUGGAAGGAGGUGGAUCCGUACAGUUAUUUAAGUGGGGGACGGUUGCAUAGGAAUUUUACCGCCGGAACUCUGAGAGGCAAGGGCAAGUUUGCUCUCCGGCCAGCAUUGUUUCACAACAAGGACAUGACUGAAUGUGUUGCUGUGUUGCACGUUGGCGAAAGACUUUCAGGACAUGAUAAGAUAGUGCACGGGGGUGUGCUGGCAACCCUCAUGGAUGAAAUGAUUGCAAGAUCGACUAUUCCAUCUCUACCUUAUCAAACGGGCUUCACUGCAAACCUCACUUUGAAUUAUCGAAAGCCAGUCGAAGUGAAUCAAUUCAUUGUUCUGCGGUCGAAACUCAACAAAUUAGACGGAAGAAAGGCAUAUGGGGAAGCAAAGAUAGAGUCGUUAGAUGGUCAAACGACUUUUGUCGAGGCAACCGCCUUGUUUGUGAGUCCCAAACAGGCGCUACUGGCAGUGGCCAGUCGCUUUAGACCCGCAUGAUGAUGUCAGUUGUAAACUUGUUCGCGGAUUAGAUCGGGACAGAUGAGCUAGAUGUUUUCUAGAUGCCUCUUUGAUUCCACAUUUUACAAAUCAAACUCUAUAUAUCAUUAAAGGAGGCAAUAGUUCUAAUCGCUUGUCACACUGAA